UUGUCCCCCCUGCAUCGAGUCCUUCAUACAGGGGAGCAGUAAAGGAUGGACUAAGGCUGGACCAUUUUCUAGCAACUCUACAGCUCCAACAGCAGCAGUAACAUAAGAAGCCACGCCUACUACCAAUCGUCGCUUUUUCAGCGUGCGCAUGAGUUUCCGGUUUACGUCAGCGUGUUCUUCUCUUCUCUUUCCGGGGAUGUCCGAGUUUCGUAGGAAGUCUCGCAGUAACAGAAAUGUCAGCACCAUCAAUGAAGGAAAGGAAGGCUUGCUGGGGAGCCCGGGAUGAGUACUGGAAGUGCUUAGAUAAAAAUAUGGAAGAUACGUCAAAGUGUGAGAAGCUUAGAUGCUCUUUUGAAAGUGUAUGUCCACAGCAGUGGGUUAAAUACUUUGACAGAAGAAGAGAUUAUAUAAAAUAUAAAGCAGAGCUGGAAGCAGGAGGAUUUCAGCCUUCAGAGAGAACUGAGAAGUCCUAGCUACUCUUCAACUUUUAAAAGUUCAUCUGGCAAAAAGGAGCUUGUAGAAGAAACUGGUGUACAACAGCCACUUUCUGAACUAAAGGAAUACCAGCAUGAUGCCUGAAAUGUUGAUGUGAUGUUUGAGUAUCUCCUUAUCAGUAAAGGACAGUCAACAUCUGUAAAUAAAAAAAGAGCUACAGUUGUUUCUA